AGAAGCUUGACAAGUUGUGAUCGUUCUUAUUCAGCAUUGUAAAUAUGGACAACCACGAGGGGAAAACCAUUGACCGCUUGAUGGAUGGAGCACUGGUCACAUGGAUUCGAACCUUUGAGCAAAAUCGGGCAUUUGAAUAUGGACCAUUAUCUCCUAUCAGAGAUCCAGUUAGAGAGUUUAUGCAAUUGACAGGAGGUGGAACGCUUCACUACAUCAUGAGUUUUGUUGAUUCACGCCCAUACCAUGGAAAUGUGGAUCUGCGCAGCCUCAUAUUGAGACUACGAUCAUACUACCAGGAUGAGCUCCAUCAGAUGAUCUUGAUGCCACUUCCAGAUGCACACCUUAUAGUCCAGGAUCCAGUGUCUGAUGUUUCCGUGCAAGAAAUGGAAAAGAUUAUUUCCCUUAUAUUAGGAGCCGCUGUUCAGGGUGAAGGGCGAGAAGAAAUAAUCGGUACAAUCCGGAGUCUUGGUCUAGAUUUCCAGACAAAGCUAGCUGAAAAAAUUCAGGAGAUUACACAGGAUACUCAGAAGAUAUUGUCUUUGCCUGGGUCAGAACUGUCUGACCUCUCUCCCUCUGACCUAGAAGAACUGGUCCAUGUGCUCUCUGCUCACCUGAGAGAUAUCCUGAAGCAGAGGGAUGAUGCUCUGGAGCGGCUGUCCAUAAUGCGAUGUGACCAGCAAACCAGGCUCAGUGAUACCAAGUUACAAGGUGUAUCCCAGACAGUUAUAUCUGAUCCUAAUUCUUGGCAGAAUCACUCUCUUCACAUUGCUGAUCUACAGAGCAAACUUCGUCGCGUGCGUCAAGAGCUGGAGGAAAAGUCUGAGGAAUUACUGGACAGUCAGCAGCAGGUGCAGUUAGUGGAGGUGGAGCUGAGAAAACUACAUCAGCAGGUUCGGGAGUUUUCGCAAAUGGCUGCGCUUUCUCGUAGUUACCGUGAUGAGCUUGAUGCAUUAAGAGAGCGAUCACGACGUUCUGAGACACAAGUGGGCACUCUCACAGAAAGACUACGCACUAUGGACUUUUAUCAGCGUUCCCUUCAGGAGGAGAAAGAGUUCUCUAGGAGUUUGUUGGAAGAUAAAGAGGUGUUAGAACAUCAACUAGCUGCUGAAAGAGAACGUUCUGAAAGACUGCGCAUGUGUGAGAGAGAAAAGCACUCACUAGAAGAGAGACUCAAACGGUUAGAAAUGGAAAGAGAUGCAGAGUGUCAGCGAACGCAAUGUUUACUCCAAGACAAUCUAACUCUGGCAGAGGAGAUUCGAGAACUUAGGCAAGAGGCACCUCAAGACUGGUAUAGAGCUUAUGAGGCGGAUACAGAGGCUGUCUCAAAGGGGGAGAGAGAACGCUUGACUAGCAGAGAGCAAGCCUGGGUCAAGCAAGAGCCAGAAACAGAAGUUUUAGAUCUGAGCUCAGAAUUAUCUCAGGCACUGCUGCGACUGGAGAAAGAAAAUCAGAUCCUAAGAGAAAGGUUGCAGUCACUGACAGGAGGAAAUGCAGAAAUUGAAAACAUGAUUCAAUAUCAUACAGGGCCAGAGGGGCUCAUGGCCCAGGUCUUGGAAAGAAAACAAGCCUUAUGUAUCCGAGAGGAACCAGAAGGUGGCAGUUUAGUGGAUAAAGAUCUUCAACACAGUGAUGGAGAUAUAAACCAAAAAGAAAGAGCGAUUCCCAAAGAUGUAUUUGUAGAAAAGCAAUCACACAAAACUGAUGAAAAACAUUGUGCAAGAAGAGACACCAAACUAUCAAAUGUAAAUCUGGAAACCAACACAAAGGAGAACAUUACAAAAAAUAAAUAUGAACACAAUGUACAGCUGUUUGAAAAGCAACUGGAAGAAAGCACAAUAGAUGAUCAGAAUUCUGAGGAUAUCCAAUCCUUGAAAACACAACCCAAACUGCGUACUGUAGAGCAGGAGUCACUAAAGUUACAACUGGAAUUGAAUACUGAAGAGGUGCAGAAGUUAAAAACACAACUGGAGCUAAGCAAUGGAGAGGUGAAGUCACUACUAACUCAGCUAGACCAGACUAAUAAAGACAAUCAAUCUUUAAGAACACAGUUGGAAAAUAAAUCAGAAGAGAUGCAAAUACUAAAGACACAAUUAGAAUCAAGCAUUGGAGAGAUUCAGUCAUUAAAUACCCAACUGAAAUUGAGUUUAAAUGACGUUCAGUCUGCAAAGAAACAAUCAGAACAAAAAACUGAAGACAUUCUGUCAUUAAAGGCAGAGCUGGAACUAAGUAAUGGAGAGGUGCAGUCACUGAAGACACAGUUGGAAUUGAGUACUAGUGAAAUGCAUUCGCUAAAGACACAAGUUGAGUUCAGUGCUAUAGAGUUGCAGUCAUUAAAAGCGCAAUCUGAACUUAAUGCUCAGGAGAUACUAUCCCUGAAGACACAACUGGAGUUAAGCACUCGAGAGGUGCAGCCACUGAAGACACAGCUGGAACUAAGCGCUCAAGAGAUGCACUCACUGAAUACACAGUUGGGGUUAAGUUCUAGAGAGGUACAGUCUUUAAGUAACAAAAUAGAACUGAGUGUGCAUGAGAUACAGACACUUAGAAAACAGAUGCAGGAGAAAGAAAUCGAAAAUUCUGUUUUUCAGAAACAUGUUCAAGAGACAUCUUUAGAGAAUCAGUUAUUAAAGAAGCAGAUAUCUGACAUGAAAGAAUCACAUUCAUUAAAACAGCACCUUCAAGAGAGUUCUGAGGAGAUGCUCUCUAUAAAAAAGCAAUUAGAAGCCAGCACAAGAGAUAUGCAAUCUAUAAAGCUGCAUCUUCAAGAAAGAGAGGACCACUCCAUGAACAAGCAGUGUGAAGAUAGUACAAUGGAAGUUGAGACUUUAAGAAGGUGCAUUGAAGAGAAAACUAAAGAGGUACAAACUUUCAGAAGUAGCUUGCAACAAAGAGAAGAAGUAGAGCAGUUAUUAAAGAAACAACUGGAAGAGAGAUCAGGGGAAAUACAACUACUUAGGAAAAACUUGGAAAAUAGAGAAGAAUUAGAACAGCUUGUAAAGAGACAGCUAGAAGAGAGAACAGUUGAAGUACAAACUUUAAAGAAAGGCUUGGAAAAAAGAGAGAAAACAGAACAUUUUCUAAAGAAGCAGUUAGAUGAGAGAACUAAAGAGGUACAGGAACUGAAGCGAAGCUUGGAAAAAAAAGAGCAUGUAGAAAAGUUACUGGAAAGGCAAAUGGAAGAAAAGAAAGAAGAAGUUCAAAUGCUCAAAAGAAGUCUGGAAAAAGGAGAAGAAAUAGAAGGGCUUCUAAAAAAUCAACUGGAAGUGAGGACUAAGGAGGCUCAAGAGCUCAAAGAAAACCUGGCAAAAUUGGAAGAAAGAGAGCAGAUAGCAAAGAGGCAAUUGGUAGAGAAAACAGUUGAGGUGCAAGAACUCAAGCAAUGCAUGACAAAAAGAGAAGAUUUGGAGCAGCUAAUGAAAAGGCAGCUUGAAGAGAGAACAGGAGAAGUUCAGGAACUCAAGAGAAACCUGGAGAAGAUAGAGGGCAUAGAGCAGUUGGUGAAAAGGCAACUGGAAGAAAGUGCUGUUACCAUCCACUUUCUUCAGAAACAAUUGCAAGAAACUACCAGUGAAGAACAGUUACUAAAAAGACAGCAGGAGGAGAAUGAAAGAGAAAGGCAAUCUCAAUACAGAGAACUAGAAGAAAAUUCAGAGAAAAUUAUGUCCAUGCAGAGACAGCUACAGGAGAAAGAUUCAGCAAUACAAUUGUUAAAGAGACAGUUUAUAGACCUAGAAGAAAAAUACUUACAACAACAAAUAAAAGAGCAUGCCGUCGAAAAUAAUGAUCUGCAAGUUCUAACAGGAGAGUCAGUUUCACUUAAGCAACAACUCAAUGAUAUGUCUGAGCAAACAGAGAGUCUCAAUUGCCAAAUUCAGAUUGCAGCCGAGAAAGAAGAAAGCUUACUACGAAAGAUUAGAAAUAGUGAAGCUGACAUACAUUCUCUUCAGACACAGCUUCAGGAUAGAGAGGAAGAAAUUCAGUCACUGAGGAGAAAGCUAAAUGAGAGUGCUGGAAAACAGCAGUUCCUACACAGAAAACUAGAAGAGAGUGACUGGGAGUUGCAAUUGCUAAAAAGACAUCUGGAAGAAAAUGAUGGAAGAAGAAAAGUCCAGCUGAGGCAGCUUGAAGAAGAUGCAAAAGAAAGACAGAUAUGCCAAAUAAAACUGCAAGAGAAUGCUGAAGAAAUACAAGCCCUGAAAAUACAGCUGAAAGAAAAGGAAACUUCUGAAACUGCACUAAACAAACAGAUUCAGGAGAGGUCAGAAGAAAUUGAUUCCUUGAAGAAUCAGCUUCAAAAAUGUUUAGAGGAAACUGAGUCGCAAAAAAGAUAUCUGGAAGAGAGAAGCGGGGAGAACUUUUUGCUUCACAGACGCUUGGAGGAAAGGGAACAGUUACUAAAGAGACAGCUGGAGGAGAACAGUGCAGAACUUCAGUUCCUCAGGCGACAGUUGAAAGAGUUUUCUGAGCAGGAGCACUCAUGGAAAAUCCAACUUGAAGAACAUGAAAGAGAGAACCUGUCUUUGAAAAGGCAAUUGGAUGAGAGCAAUCACCAGUCAAUGGAGAGAAGUUUAAAUGGCAGUGCACAGAACCAGCUCCUUAAGAAGCAGUUGGAUGAGAUAAUUAGAAACAAUGAAUUCCUUUCAGAACAAAUUAAUGAAAAAAAUGAGCAGCUGAAGAAUACAAAGUCACCUCAACAGGUGCUGCAGAAAAAUGAACAAACUCAAUGUUUCCUCGAGCAGCUUCAAGUGAGCACUAAAGAAGCAGAAAGUUCCCAGAGGCAAGUUCAAGAAAAAGAAGUAGAAAUACAAACACUAAAGAAACAGCUAGAAGAUUGUACAGGAAAGCAGCAAGCCUUGAUAAAAGAGCUCAAAGAGAAAGAGAUAUCUGAGCAGUCGCUAACGGUUAAACUGGAUGAAAGCAUUAAGCUGACAGAACUUCUGCAGAGACAACUAUAUGAAAGUUCUGAAGAUGUUCAGUCUCUUGGAAGACAAGUAGAACAUAGAAGUGGAGAAAAGACAACCCACAAGAGAAAAAUGGAAAACAAAACAGCGACUUCUGAUUUCAAUGCAGAACCAAGAAAAAAACACCAAGAGGAAUCCUCCAGAAACUUGCAUGUACAAGAAAUCCAACUGUGUGAUGGUGAAAAGGAAAAUAUAUCAAUUAGACAAGUAAAUACAAGCAAUGUUUCUGCAUUGUCCGAUUCUUCUUCUAAUCUGAAAUCUUUGUGGACCACAAGUUCUGUUCUAGUGCUUCCUCCAUCUACUUCAGUAGCAUCACCAGCCACUGAAUCUGUCCUUGCCUUUCCUUUAUCGCCAACAGCAACUGUGUCACUACAAUCGCCUGUAUCUAGUACAACACCUCUUCAAACUUCUGCAUCUGAUACUUCCGAUUCUCUAUCUCCAUUAAAACCUGUCACUGAACCUUUUCUUACUGCUACUGAGUCCCCUCUGUCAUUGCUUCUGUUGGAAUUGCAUGGUGUGCGCAGAGAGAGGUCAGAACUACAGGGACGUUAUGACUCCAUCCUCAGAGAUCUGCAGAGACAAGAAGGAGAGCUAGAACGUAUGCAGAGAGAGUUGCGCAAAGGCCGAAGUGCUGUGAGACUGCUGAAGCAAGAACAACGAGAGCUACAAGACAGGUUUUCUCAGCUUUCUAUAGAAAAGGAGCAGACACAGCAGGAGCAUCAACGAAAACUGCAAGAGCAAAAGGACAAGGUGCAAGAACUACAAGUUGAAAACCAUAAGCUUCAGGAAGACCAAAAUAGGUUGCAAGAGGAACUUUCACACUUGGAGAAGAUUUCUAAUGAAAAGGCAUUAGAGCGGAGAGAACUUAAGAGAGAGCUAGGAGCUGUCCGAAGGGAGCGUGAGCAACUUGAAAGAGAGCGUAUGGAACUGAAAGAGUCUAAACAGCGAAUCGAGAUCAGUAACACAGUGCUAACUGAGCAGUGUCAGGUAUUAUCCCAGGUGAAAUUGUCUCUUCAAGAUCAGAAUACUAUUUUGCUGUCUCAGAUUAACUCUUUAACACAUGGUAACCGCGAGUUAUUAGAGCGCAGUCUGGAGAGUGGAGCUUUGAGACAAGAGGAGGAGAGGCAAUUCCGAGAGAAACUGACUGAGCUGAAGCAUGAAAAGCAAAAACUGCUUGAUAAGAUUAUGGACCAGUACCGAGUUUUGGAACCCGCUCCAGCAAUGCAAAGUCACAGGAGAGGUAACUGGAUUGCAGAUAAAAUGAAGAGGCUCCUGAAGACUAAGGACAAACCUUCAAAAGGACCUCUAGAAACACCUCGUUUACUUAACCCUCCUAAUGAGCCUGAGUUAGAGCCAGAAAGUCCUUCUAAAGGAAUUGACGUAACUCUCCGUCGCAGUAAAAGUUCUGUCAGUGUCAAUAGUCAUUCAUUCCAGAUGACACCCCCUCGGUUUCGCCAUGCUAAAUUAAGUUCCACUAUUCGAAGCACUGAAUCCUUCAAUGAUGCAGACCAUACUCCCCGUGAUAAAUUCCGUCUGAGGCGCAGGGCACAGGCUGUGGAGAGUGAAGGGGAGGACACGGCAUCUGAGGGACGGAGACAGAGUAAAGGAGAAGAGUCUACAGAGUAGAGAUUACCUGGUGGAACAAUUCACACCUAAGAAAG